CCAAUUCGAUGCGGGCCUUGGUGCUUGUGUGUGUUGCUUUCGUCGCAGCUCGGUUUUUCUCGGCAUCGUCCAUUUUUGGAUGUCGUGAGAGUCUUAUUGCAUCGAUUUCCGGAGGUCAGCGAGAGAGUGAGAGGGCGAAAGGUUGGAUUGUGGGUUCAUGAGAGGAGUGUUUUGGAAUGAGCAGUUUGGCUGGAGGGCCGAUUAAUUGCGUGGAAUCGUUCGGUGCGGGGGUGAAGAGAGAAUUUUGUGCUGGUGCAUUGUUGGGUGCGUGUAUUGUUUGCGGUUUCAGGAAGAAGGAGGAAGGGGUUUUUCUGUGAUCAAGUUUUAGUUGGGUUGGUUAGGUUAAGACGCUGACUAAGAGAUUAGUUAUCCGUGAGAUUUUGCGAAAUUGUUGUGUGUGUGUGUGUGUGUGUGUUUUAUUCAGGUUGAGAGAUGGCUUUCGAUAUGCGAGGAUGGGGUGUGAGUUUGGAUGCAUCGUGCGAGGACAAAGUCUCUGAGGGUGUGGAGCUUUGCCCAUUCCUGAGGAACAUUGGCGUCUCCACCAGCUUUGUCUUCUCCAAAUUGAAGCUCCCCACCCCUGCCCCUACGAGAGCAGGCCGCGGUCCAAUUUUCGAGGAUGGGCCAGGUUUUGAGAACUCCUUUCGCCUGUUCCACGGCAAGGAUGGUGUCGUGCCUUUGAAACGGGCGUCGGGAGAGCAGAACGCGCGGUCAUUCACUGAGACACUUGACGCGGAGGAUCUGAGUUUCCAUCCGUUGUCUGCUCGCGCUGCCACCAUCAGCUUGUCGUCGUUCGGAGCAGGGGGGCCAUUCGGAUUUGAUGGGUUCAUGGCAAGGCAGAAUGCGAAGAAGCCGAAGGAGAAGAAGCCAAAGAAGGAGACGGAGCCUGAGAAGAAGCGUCGGUCGAAAUUGGAGUCUCAUAUGCACGAGGCGAUGGGGAGCGAAUGGCUAGCGACGGGGCAGUGCCCGAUCGCAAAGUCGUUCCGCGCCGUGAGUGGCGUGUUACCGCUGGUGUCAAAGCUGUUGCCAAAGCUGCCGCAAGGAAUGAAGUACAGGUGCCCGCCAGCGAUAGUGGCAGCGAGAGCGGCGCUGGCUCGAACGGAAGCAGUGAAAGCACUGAGACCGCAAGCGCUGCCAACAAAGGUGUUAGCAAUCGGGAUGGUAGGAAUGGCACUGAACGUGCCGCUGGGAGUGUGGCGAGAGCACACGAAGAAGUUUUCUCCGCAAUGGUUUCUGGCUGUGCAUGCGACGAUCCCGUUCAUCGCAAUGCUGAGGAAAGCGGUGGUGAUGCCGAAAUAUGCGAUAGCGUUCACAAUAGGGUCUGCAAUACUGGGUCAGGCAGUGGGAGCUCGUGCUGAGAGGAUUCGUUUAGCCAAGCUCAAAUCCUCAAUCACUCCUGACCAAACUGAGCAACUUGAGCCCUUUAAAGAAGCCCUGGCUGUGGAGCUUGGUCCCCAGUGUAUCAGCCCGGCAACAAUCAACGUCACUGCUGUGAAUGCAGAUGUAGUGGGAAAGGUGGCCAUCCGAGAUGAAGCAUCUUCUCAACUACAGACGGAGUUGUUGCCCUGCGACUCAGUGUCAUCAGUGAUAGAGAGAGGUAUUCACUCCAGCAUUACACAUCAGAGACAAGACUUCCCAGUUGUGGAACAAAUUGACGAACUGUGCAUUGAAGUGCCGUCGAAGAUGGGUGCCACCCACAAGAGACUCACAGCGUUACCAGGUACUUUGCACUGUGGCUCCGAGGCACUUGUGACUUGCUCAAUGAGCCCUGUUUCUCAGCCAGUAUUGGUCAAUUGAUCCUGAAGAUGAAUUUGCCAGCUCUCAUUUCGCAUCAUCUCUGUUUCUUUGUUGCUCUUUUAGCUCAUCAGUAGAAUGCAGGAAGAAUUGGGGGUGAUGUAGAAAACGUUAAGUUGGUGAGGUAAUGGUCCUUUUCUUUGGUCCGUUUUUUUCUUUUUCUCCCUUUUUUUUCCUGGAUGUGACAGACGAACAUUGUAUCUGUCCCUGAAUAAAUGAGUACCCAACUGGGUGUGUAUUGGGCAAGUGUACACACUUGCAAAGGCAGGAGACGACUCCACUAUUCCCCUCUGCCGUUUUAUACAGAAGACUCAUUUGUUGAUGUUUUCUCAUCAACAGAAAUAUUUGAAAUCUGAAGGAAUAAGUACCACUUGGGCUUAAAACAAAAGAAAAAUAAUCUUCAAAAAUUCAUUGAGGAUGUGAUUUUUCUUUUUCUUUUUGCUGUACUGAGGGUUCAAAACAUCACUUCUCAAUGGGUGAAAUUAGUCCCAAAGGCUUCGUAUAAAGGGUGGAAGUUGAUUGUUUGAAAA